UACAUACAGACCAGCCCACUGGUUCGCUGGCCCAAGAACAUGAAUGGAGGUCGUGAAGAUGUCAGACACUAGUUUAGCUAGCCUACUGUUGGGUUUACUUCUACAAGAAUUACAAAGCAGGCAGUUUCUCUAUCGAAAAUGAGCCAGAGAGGUAAAUGCAGUGUUCCAGGCUGCACGGAGAAAUGGGAAGUUUGUCACAGUCUUCCCAAGGAUCCGAAGACUCGGCAGGCGUGGAUAAUGUUUGUCUAUCAGAAGAUCCCUGCAAAGUUCGACGCUCAGCUGUUCAUUUGCUCUAAACAUUUUACCGAAGACAGCUUUCAAAAUCUUGGACAUUUUAAAGCAGGAUUUGCCAAACUUCUUUUACUGAAACGAGGGGCUGUUCCGACCGUAAGGUCAUCACAACCGCAAGCUAGCACAUCACAAGAACAACCACGAACAAAAGUUGCAGCAUGCCAAACAGAUCCUCCUUGUGUGGCAUCUCGUGGGUUCUUUUACUACAUUGAGACCUCACCAACGAAGCAAAGGCAUACAGGCAACGCCAAGCAAUGCCAAAGUGUGGCAGUAGGCACAACGGCUCCUCCAGUCUCUGGGCCAUUCUCUUCAACUCCUUUGAAGGGUCAGAGGCCAGCAAAGAGACCUCGCCUUGAAUUUGAGGAGGAGGUGGAAGAUGUUUCCUCUGCAUGCACUGAUCCUCAAGAUUCCACAUACGAUCCUGCACAGUCUGCUACAAUGGAGACAGAAUCAUCUCAGCUUUUUACAUCACCAGUGACUUCAUAUGGCGAUGCAAAAUACAUUGUUUUUGAGCAAUGCCUCUUCAGCCUGUUCGAGAUCUGCCCUGUGUGCACAAGAACCUGUACAUUCCUGCCACGCAGAAGAGGGUCCUUCCUAGCGAUCGACCAACUAUGCCCUCACUGCAAGUUCUUCCGACAGUGGAAGAGUCAGCCAGUUAUUGGGAGCACCCCUGUGGGCAACCUUCAGCUGUCUGCUGCCAUUUACUUUUGUGGAGCUUCAUUUUCAAAGAUGAAAAAGAUAUUUGAUGCAAUGCAGCUGAGAACACACACGUAUGAUGCCUUCAGAAGACAUUGUGUACAGAAAUGGGUUUUGUUUAGUGAAAGUGUGAGAUCAGGCCUAAUUGCCAGCCAUCAAAAUGCAAAUCAUUACAGUUUUAGGCUGCUCUAACUGAAAGGCACUUGUAACAACACCGGUUAGAGUACAGCUUUGGCACAGCCUACAGGUUUAGCCAAUGCUUUUGCUGUGAGUUAAUAGAAGUAUUUUGCUUGGUGUGUGCUUACAAAAGUGACAAGUGACAAUUGUUACAACAUUUCUGCUGUUUCAGUUAGGUUGUACCUUGCAGCUAUGCAUUUCAAUGAGAAUGCUCAGCGCCCACAACGGAAGACAGCCAAGGGGAAACUAAUGUACAGGCUUGUGUUUCCAAAGGCCAAAAGGGGAGGUUACACGGUCAAAAAAGUGAAGACAGAGCCAACGAUUUGCUAUGUCUUUAACCUGAUAAGACUGGUGUUUGAAGAGAUCGUCCAUGACUCCCUUCGUUAUGUGGAUGCCGUCCAGCAGAUUCCUGUGCUCCAAGACUUGUGUGCUCAGCUUCCCAGACCUUCCAGGGAGGAUGCUGUCGCUGAGCAUGUGUCACGGUUCAGUCGAGGGGGGGGUCUGAACCCGACAUACUGCCCUGAUG